UUCUCACAAAUUCUCUCUAAUCUUCUUCAUAUAUAUAGCUAAGAGUCGCUGCGAAAAAAAAAGAAACAGUUUCAAUUUGCUGCUGCGGAAUUUAAUUAUUUAUCUGAAAAUACAUAAUACAUAGCUUCCGCUGCAGCUUUUAAUUAAUUUCCUUUUGAUAUUAUAAAAAUUUUCGCUUUGACUCUUAGCUCAAUAACAAUGGCUCGUUCUUUCUCCAACUCCAAGAUUGUCUCUGCUUUUAUUGUAGACUCUGUUUCUGCUGCUAUUAAUAGGCGUGGGUAUGCAGCUGCAUCACAAGGUGCAGUAAGAGGAGGGGUUGUGAGAAGCAAUGUGACGAUGAAGAAAGGUGUAGAGGAAUCAAACAAGACAAUUUCAUGGGUACCAGAUCCUGUUACAGGUUAUUACAGGCCAGAGUCUCAUGCCAAUAAGGAGAUUGAUGCUGCUGAGCUGAGAAAGAUGCUCUUGAAACACAAACCUAGCCAACACUGAAAAAAAACAUUGGAUAAAAAAUUGUAUCUUGGGCAGUGGCGGAUUUAGAAUUUAAAUAUUUAUCUUUUAUGUUUUUGUUAUUGAACUCAUUAUACUUUUGGAAUUAUGAGUUCGGAAUGCAAUAUUAGUGGAUUAAUAAUUUUUCACAUAUAUAUAAAAAAUUCUAGUUCAGUUGAAUC